UGAAAGUCCGCCGGUCUGCGCCAGCGUCUGAUAUCAAUGGCUUUCAGGGCUCAUUUUAUUUGAAUGUCUGGACUUUAUAUAAUUUCUCCCCUAAGAAACCAAUGAUGGAUAUCCUAUGGAUUUUAUGGACACUACCCUCGGUCCUGGCUAUUGAAGAAAUGUUGAUGGACUCCACCACAGCGACCGCAGAGCUUGGCUGGACAGUAUAUCCAGUGUCGUCAACAGGUGACAGCAGUAUAAGUUGGGAAGAAGUGAGUGGCUAUGAUGAGAACAUGAACACCAUCCGUACCUAUCAGGUGUGUAAUGUCUUCCACGCCAACCAAAAUAACUGGGUGCGCACCAAGUACAUCCGAAGAAGAGGGGCUCAGCGCAUUCACGUGGAAAUGAAGUUCUCAGUGCGAGACUGCAGCAGCAUCCCAGGAGUCCCUGGUUCCUGCAAGGAAACUUUCAACCUCUACUACUAUGAAUCAGACUAUGACACGGCCACCAAAGUCCAUCCUCCAUGGAUGGAAAACCCUUGGAUCAAGGUGGAUACCAUUGCGGCAGACGAGAGUUUCUCACAAGUAGACCUGGGCGGACGUGUGAUGAAGAUUAACACAGAGGUUCGCAGUUUCGGCCCCGUCUCCCGUAACGGUUUCUAUCUAGCCUUCCAGGACUACGGCGGGUGCAUGUCGUUAAUCGCUGUGCGGGUGUUCUACCGGAAGUGCCCUCGCACUAUUCGGAACGGAGCAGCAUUUCAGGAGACGCAUUCGGGAGCAGAGAGCACCUCACUGGUGUCGGCGAGGGGAGAGUGCAUCCCUAAUGCAGAGGAGGUCGACGUUCCCAUUAAACUGUACUGUAAUGGAGAUGGAGAGUGGAUGGUCCCUAUUGGCCGCUGUAUGUGUAAAGCAGGUCACGAGGCAGUGGAGAAUGGAACUGUUUGCAGAGCGUGCCCUUCAGGUUUCUUCAAGACAGCACAAGGAGACGAGAAAUGCUUGCAGUGUCCAAUCAACAGCCGCACAACCAACAAUGGAGCCACCAACUGCGUAUGCCGAAAUGGAUAUUACCGCACAGACUCGGACCCCUUAGAGAUGCCCUGUACAACUGUGCCGUCGGCUCCUCAAAACGUCAUCUCCAGUGUGAACGAAACGUCGCUGAUGCUGGAGUGGAAUCCUCCACGGGAAACUGGUGGUCGUGAUGACGUUGUCUACAACAUCAUCUGCAAGAGCUGCGGAGGUGGCAGAGGGGGCUGCACGCGUUGUGGGGAUAACGUUCAGUUCGUUCCACGCCAGCUGGGACUCACAGACACCCGGGUCUUCAUAAGUGACCUGCUGGCCCACACCCAGUACACGUUUGAAGUCCAGGCUGUCAACGGAGUAUCGGACCAGAGCCCUUAUUCACCCCAAUAUGCAUCAGUCAACAUCACUACUAACCAGGCUGCUCCUUCUACAGUGUCUAUCAUGCAUCAGGUCAGUCGCACCAUUGACAGCAUCACUCUCUCCUGGUCCCAGCCAGAUCAGCCCAAUGGGGUCAUACUUGACUACGAGCUGCAGUAUUAUGAGAAGGACCAGACGGAGCAUAACUCUUCCAUAGUAAAGAGUCAAACCAACACCGCAGUCAUCCGUGGCCUCAAACCUGGAGGCAUCUACGUCUUCCAGGUCCGAGCACGUACGGUGGCAGGGUUCGGACGGUACAGUGGCAAGAUGUACUUCCAGACCAUGACUGAGGAGGAGUACAACACUAGUAUUCAAGAGAAACUGCCUCUCAUCAUUGGCUCAGCGGCUGCUGGUCUGGUCUUCCUCAUUGCAGUGGUGGUCAUCAUCAUCGUUUGCAACCGACGUGGAUUCGAGAGAGCAGAUUCAGAAUACACAGACAAGCUGCAGCACUACACCAGCGGCCACAUGUCACCAGGAAUGAAGAUCUACAUUGAUCCAUUUACAUACGAAGAUCCCAAUGAAGCUGUGAGGGAGUUUGCUAAGGAGAUUGACAUCUCGUGUGUGAAAAUCGAGCAAGUCAUUGGAGCAGGAGAGUUUGGAGAGGUGUGCAGUGGUAACCUAAAGCUCCCAGGAAAGAGGGAGAUGUUUGUGGCCAUUAAAACACUGAAGUCUGGUUACACCGAAAAGCAGAGGCGGGACUUUCUGAGUGAAGCAAGCAUCAUGGGCCAGUUUGAUCACCCCAAUGUCAUCCAUUUGGAGGGAGUGGUGACCAAGAGCAGCCCUGUUAUGAUCAUCACAGAGUUUAUGGAGAACGGCUCAUUGGACUCUUUCCUCAGGCAAAACGAUGGGCAGUUCACUGUAAUUCAGCUGGUGGGCAUGUUACGAGGGAUCGGGUCUGGGAUGAAGUACCUUGCAGACAUGAAUUACGUGCACCGGGACCUGGCCGCCCGCAACAUCUUAGUUAAUAGUAACCUCGUUUGCAAGGUGUCCGAUUUCGGACUCUCACGCUUUUUGGAGGAUGACACAUCAGAUCCCACCUAUACCAGUGCCCUGGGUGGGAAGAUCCCUAUUCGAUGGACAGCCCCAGAGGCCAUCCAAUAUAGGAAGUUCACCUCUGCCAGUGACGUAUGGAGCUACGGGAUUGUCAUGUGGGAAGUAAUGUCGUAUGGAGAGCGGCCAUAUUGGGACAUGACCAAUCAGGACGUCAUCAACGCCAUUGAGCAAGACUACCGGCUGCCCCCUCCCAUGGACUGCCCCAGUGCCCUCCAUCAGCUCAUGCUGGACUGCUGGCAGAAAGACCGCAACAACCGGCCCAAGUUCAGCCAGAUUGUCAACAACCUGGACAAGAUGAUCCGUAACCCCAACAGCCUGAAGGCCAUGACUCCACUCUCAUCAGGUGUGCAUUUGCCCUUGCUUGACCGCAGCGUGCCCGACUUCUCUAGUUUCAACACUGUGGAUGAUUGGCUGGACGCUAUUAAGAUGGGCCAGUACAAAGACAACUUUGCCAAUGGCAACUUCACCAGCUUCGACCUUGUUUCCCAGAUGACCAUGGAAGAUAUUCUCAGGGUCGGAGUGACACUAGCGGGUCAUCAGAAGAAGAUCCUCAACAGCGUUCAGAUGAUGAGGGCCCAGAUGAACCAGAUCCAAUCGGUGGAGGUUUGACCACGCGUCCGGAUAAGACUGGGAGGAGGAGGCGGAGGGCCAACGUGAAGGGAUGGGGCGGCCACUGCAGACCCUAAGCCUGAUUUUCCUUCUGGACCACCUAGGAUAUCCACCUGCCCCCUCCUCCAAAACACUCUCGUUCUCCAUCUGUGUUAUCUGAAUUCCCCAUUAACCCCCAGACACCCUAAUGGGCUCGACUCGGGAAAGCUGCGCCUGGAAAAUAUGGUCAAAACACCUGAUCAUUUAGCUUUAGCCGCCACCAAUCACAGGAUGACCGAUCAGUCUGCCAGCAAUAGGCUCCGCCCCCUACUUCCCUUGAAUUUUCCUCUUACUUUCCUUCCAUUUUAUUCAUUUUUGUUUUGUUUUUUUGUUUUUAGCCUUCAUUUUUUUAAAGAGUUUUUGUAAAGAAUUUUUACAAAAAAGGAAUCUAUAUAAAAUAUAUAGAUUGGUGUAAAAUUGCAGACUGAAUAUGGUGGACUGAAUCAAAAGGCUACCCUUUAAAAGGGCAAUGAAGAAACAGGAGAUAAAAAAAAACAAAAAAACUCACCCCACAAUACAUGCUUCUGAGAUUUUCUUUCUAAUAUUUUAGGAAAAUCUUGAAUAGAAAUACUGACUGUCUGCUCAAUGGAUACACAGGGGACAACCUGCGGGACCUUAAUCCCUCUCCCCUCGCUGACAGCCGAGGGAAAAGUAUGCGAACACCAUGAAAUGGGACUUCCUUUUGGCAGCCAAUACUGCCUUGAAGAAAAUAUAAGACUUUUUUUGCAGUUUAAGCUACAUCAACACAAACAAACCUACAAACGGAGAAACAAAGUCAAAAUAGUUAUCACAGUGUUGAAUUUGUGGUGCAGAUUCCUCAUUGCUAGGAGGGAGAAAAAAGAAAUAUUUUACAGAUGUCAUAAGAGCCUGCCAAAUAGUGCAUCAUCCCUUUGUACCUCGUCUUGUACAUAUCAGAUGCACUUGUGAGGUCAUCAGAACAAGCCUGAUGUAGUCCAACAUUUAGUUUCAGUUUCAGUAUUAGAUGGAUCUACAUUGACAUUUGAUGGAUUUUCUUUUGUGUGCGUGUGCGUAUAUGACUUGAGGGGGUCAUCUUUUAUAUUCUUCCUCCUUUUUGUCAUGGGCUAAGAUGAUUUAGUUUGAAAGAGGGCAUAAGAUAUUCUCCCCCGCAAAUUGUUUAGCAUGUUCUUUCCUUGAACUGCUUAGAGAGAAGGACCCCGAGUGCACGUAUGGUGUGGUCUUCACAUCAUCUACGCUCUUCUUUUAUGUUUGGAUGCCUGCCGUGUGUGUGUGUGUGUGUGUGUGUGUGUGUGUGUGCAUGUGUGCGAAUGGAGCACAUGAAGCUGCGGAGCAUGUGUGGUGCAAAACUAUGAUUUCACAGGAAGCUUGGAUUUGAUACACUUUGCAGAUCACUGUGUUGAUAUGCUUAUAUUUUUGCCACCAAAACCAUUUCUUUAAAAAAAAAAAAAGAUGUUUUAUAAUAAGGUGUUUAGGGAUUUUAAUAUCUGAUAAAGUAUGCAGUUAGAGGACAUUUUCCUAACAGGGAAGUGAUUGUUCAUUGUGAAGCAUAGUUUUAUAUGAGAAUAUUGUUAUUGUAUGACAGUUUUGAACUGGUUACAGUCACCAAUUGGGGCCAAGCUUAAAUUUGGAGUUUCAUAGGUCAUUUAAACAACAAAUCACGAACAAUAUCGGCUGUAAAUUAGUGUGUAUAGGUUUUGUUUUAUUUUUUACAGAAAAUACAUCCCACCGUUCUCCAUGGUAUGGUACUUCCACGAUGCUCUCUGAGAUCUUUCACCUCCAUAGAUGUAAGAACAAUAAAACUCUGUAUAAUAAUAUUCUGAAGCAGAAACUUCCCCCCUCAGAGAGGUUUGUCUCAAAACUGUGUUGGAUUUUAGUGUACAUAUUUUUUUUUUUAUGUAUUGUUGAAACUGUAUGGAGAGUCACUAUUGUCAAUGUUUAUUUUGGGCCUUUUCGUUUUGUACUAGGAUUGGCUGAGAGAUGAGAAUCAGCCGUAGAGAUGAACGGCAUCUUCAUCCAUGCUGGAGUGUCUGUGUGUGAUAGCGAGUGUGUUUGUACGUGCAGGUACGUGCAGGUACGUCCAUGUACCAGCAUUGAGGUCACUGUGGUUAACAAUAUACUUCUUUCUCAGCUGACGAGGGGCUCGCUUUAUUCCAUAACCUCAGGGUUGACAUGCAUCUGUGUUAAAAACCAUGCAGUGCUGUGAGGUCAGUUCAGUGUAGGUAAGGUCCAUUGGCUGAAUCUCAGAGUGCUAAUGAAGUUCUAAUCAGAUGGUGUUGACCAUUCUCUGUUCUUCCCAUUACAUAAUGCUUCCAUUAGAAUGAAGAUUCUGUCGUUCAGUGUUUGGACAUAAAACACAACGUUCAGCAGACAGGCCAUCCCAGGUGUGAACUCUUAAAAUACUGUGUCCAGAAAGAUGGUAUGAUUUUAAUUUCCUUAGAGCUUGACAUACUAAAUGGCCCUUAAGUUUUAGCUCUCAGCUUUUCAGUCAUUUUUGGUAACUUUUUAUCACCAGCAGGAGGAUACAGGGAGAAAGGAAAUGAAUCUGGGCUUAACACCUUGUCCUAACCAGCAACAUGGAAUUUGUCCUUCCACACUGAAAGCAAAAAGUCAGCACAGCACAAUCACAGCCAAUGUUUAAUAUGCAAUUUCAUUAUCGAUCAAAAGUUUGGGGUCGGUAAGGCAAGUCUCUCAAGCUCAUCUCAUCAAGGCUACAUUUAUUUGGUCAAAAGUACAAUGAAGAAAUCAUGUAAAAUAUAAAAAAAAAAAAAAAGAAAAUUCAUUUUAAUGUAUUUUAAAAUGUAAUUUAUUCAUGUGAUGGUAAAGCUGAAUUUUCAGCAGCCAAUACUCCAUCUUCAGUUCACAUGAUCCUUCAGAAAUCAUUCUAAUAUGCUGAUUUGUUACUAAAAAAAACCUAAAAACUGUACAAAAACAAUAGUGUGUUUUUGUGUAAACCAUGAUAGGUUUUUUACACGUUUAGUCUCUACAGUCACUUUUUGUAUCAAUUUAAUGUGUGCUUGAUGAAUAAAAUAAAUAAUUUUCUUCAAAAAAUAAAAAUAAAGAAAUCUCAACCCUAAACGUUGGAAUUAUAAUGUAUGUUGGUGGGGCUAUCAAGCUGCUAUAGAAAUGAAUAUCAAGAAAUUUACAAUACUUUCUAUCCCUUGCAGGGCAGAAAAUGAUUGUAAAAUAAACUAAAAAAUGAAUGCAAACUAACUGAAAUAACAGAUGAUCAAAAUAAACACAUUUUCGUUUUUUUCUGUUUUGCAAUUGACAAAAUAUUCUUUAUGAGCAAAAACAAUUAAUACAUGUAAAAAUCAUACCAUUUUCAUGGUAUAUAUGUCAUAUGUGCAGCUGGUUGGGACAAGGAGCGAGUCAGAGAGGUGAGAGACAGAUUGAGAGUGAGGAAUGUUCUCACAUCAUAAAACUUGAGCAAUGAUGGUGCCAGCAGCCGCCUUUACCUGUCUGUCCAGCACAUCCUCUCAAUAUUUAAUGGCUUAUCAGUGUCACUGCUGCACUGUGAGACUAAGGUUCUGAAUCCCUCGUCUUCCUCAGAAUAACACUGCUUCUGCUUCACCCUCCUUGGACAAUCACUGUCACUCAAAGCUCCAGCACACAUCCUGGGAUCCACACACACAUUGCUGCUGUCCGUCUGCAGAAAUUGAGACUCUCGUGGCAGUAGCUCAGCAAUAUUUAGAGGUGCUGCCCACGAGUUACAGCGUGUUUUAAAUCAGCCUAACAGCACAGGAUUAACGGAGCUUUGAAUGAAAUCCAGUGCUGAAGGGAUAUCCUGUGUUCCUGAUCCUCAUUUUCUUUUCCUUCCAAUGAAAUUUGUCGUUUCAUAAGUACAGUUUCGCUAUUUGCAAAAAGGCGGUUUUCUUGCAGCUUGGCGCUGAUGAUCACAUGAGUUUCUGGCGCUUUGCAGUGAGAGAUCCGAAGGAACAUUAACGACCAAUGAGCCUUUCUGUUUUAAGAUAUUGGUAUGUUGAAAGAUCAUGACAUGCUUGACAUUUGCUACGCAUUUUCUUCAGCGAACCUGUAUUUACAUAGAAAUAUUUCAUCACGGCGGUCUUAUGUAAUUCUGUUUUUCCACUGCAUCUUUAACCGCUCAAGUUUGUUUCUCGGUAGGGGACUAAUUGCUUCUUACGUCUCCCUCUCUCAUUUGUCGUUUCACAGAACACUACGUAGACCACAGACAAAUGAGACGUGGCGUCGAGAGUGUGAAAGAAUGUCAUGCUGAGUGAUUUAAGCACUUCUUAUUGUUUUUUUCACAUGGAUUAUCACCUUAAACGCAUAGUUUCUACCACAACACAGCUCUUUUUUCAUACCAAGUGCUGGGAAAGAUGGUAUGUGGACAUUUUUUAAUACUCAGCACACUUUUGGUUCAGAUGGCUUGUGAAAAUAGCCAAAAAGCUGCCGUUAUGUGGACAUGCGAACUGCAAAUGUUCCUUCUGGCAAGCAAAAAUGUGAUCCCGUGCACCAUUUAAAGCUUUUUGUUGAAAGCUGGUGACAGCAAGCUGUGAACAGCAUAUGCUACCGCCGGAGCGUAAUACCAAUGCAAAACCGUUAUUAUGAUGAUUAUGUGCGAUUGUGAACGUAAAUACAAGCUGGCUCUGGCUCACUCUCAUUGGUCCAUAUUUCUGCCUGCAUCCUCCAAAUAUGGUGGGAAGUUCUUGAAUAGAAAAUGGCUCCCCGAAACAGAGCUGUAGUGCAUGUAGGGCCACUGCACCCUCUGGUGUUAGGAAGGCAGUAGUGCAUUCAUCCCUAUGUCUCUCAGCCCUGCUUUUCAUUACAGGGCGGCAGACCUCUCUUUUGCGCGCACGAGCCGAAAUAGAGCACUGCCCACCUGGACCACUGUGACGGAGAUGGGAGGUCCUGUUUCACUGUAUAAAAUGUACAUUUGACUGUAACCCUGUGAAUGAUGUAACAAUUUCAUUAUUUGUAAUAUUGUUAUUGGUUUAUUUUCUAAAAAUUGAAAAAAGCCCAACUUGACUCUCCUCAUUAAAACAUGAAAUGAGAUACAACUGUUA